CCGAUCAUGAAUGGGCCCAUGCAUCCCCGGCCCCUGGUGGCGCUGCUCGACGGCCGGGACUGCACGGUGGAGAUGCCCAUCCUGAAGGACGUGGCCACGGUGGCUUUCUGUGAUGCCCAGUCCACGCAGGAGAUCCACGAGAAGUUGUUGCCAGGAAGUGGAGCCUGGGGCCGUGGAUGUGGCCGACGAGCUGUAUCGCCUGGGGCCCAUGUUGGCCAGCGAGGGCAUCGCAGGCUGGGCCACGCAGCUGCACCCUCCCAGCGCCGGCAUCCAGCCCGCUAGCGGCGUCACCAGGCCUGCCCGGGGAUGGCGCGGGUGUCUCGGGGUCCCAGGACCGGCAGGGAGAGAAGGUGGAGCUCGGAGCCUCGCAGAGGGAUGCAGCAGCUGCAGGAGCGUCCAGAAGACCAGAGGGCUCGACGCUGAGGCCCUGACGGCUCCCGGGGACCGAAGUCUCAGGCCGGGUGCCGCUGGGGGAGGGGGACACAAGCACGUGCCGCGGGUACCAGAGGCGCGAAGCCCGCAGGCUCCCCGCAUCCUGCGCGUGCACAUGGCUGGCGCGCUCCCAGCGGCCCGGGGCUGUAGUGCGGGGGGGUGCGGGGGUCAGCUCUGCAGGCCGCCCUGCACGGGGCGGGGCUGGGUGACCGGAGCCUGCUGUGCCCCGGAGCAGGGCUGGGAGGGCAGCUUCUGGCCACUUGUUGUGGAUCUUAAAGGGUUUCAAAGUAAAAAUAUUAAAAACCCAGCAAUAUCGGGAGCGAGAGACCGGCAGACAGAAGUGUUGAAGCAGCCUGAGCGAUAUUAAAGCAGGUUCUGAGAAUAAAUCUGAAAAGUGACACUAAACGGAUGUUUUCCUUUAAGAUCAUAACUGAUCAAAAUGAUCGGAGGUUAGCUAAGAGCCAGAUGUGCAGUCCGACCCCGGGGAGGGUCGGGCUGGGCCUCCGUGUGUCGGCGACUGCCACCCCCCCUGAGCAUGCCGAGAAAACCCCCGGUGCCAGAGGCUCCCGAGGGAUGGGACGGAGCGCCCUGGCGACCCGAGGGGCACGCGGACGAGCAGCGCGGCGGGGGAAGGCGCCCUCCCAGCACCGGGGGGCACUCACCGGUGCAAACAGGCAACUGGAAACGGUAAACUGACAGGAAGCUUAGAAGCCACAGUCCAGGCCUCCGGGCAAAGAUGUGGAGCUGCGCAGAUCCAGGAGCUCGGGCCUGGUGCACCGUGCGGCCCAUUUCCCCAGCCUGGCUGUCAGGUGUGGCCAGGUGACCGAGUCCAACCAGGAAGAGCCACCAGGCUUUGUGUGCAGAGCCACCUUCUCUCUUUCUGCUGGCUGGAAACCAAACGCAAUGGCUGGAGCCUGGGCAGCCACCUGGAACCCAAGAGAAACCGUGUUUGGGAAUAGCUGAAAAAUAGGAUGGGAGCCCUGGGCCCUGCUGGCUGUGGAGCUGACACAGGCCCUGGACCACUUGUCUGCAGGCUUCAACUCAGGGAGAGACAGCACAUCACCAUGGAUCAGGGAUUUCUGCCUCGUAACUAGCUGGACGCCGGGUGCUAAGUGUGGAGGAGACACCAUGCUAUUACUACGGCCAUGUGGUGAAGGAACCUUCCAGAGCUCAGUGGACACUCUGGCUGUCCUGGUGUGAACCCAGGACGCGUGUUGGGCCCACAGGAUGCUCUGCUGUUCAAGGAGCACGUUACCCUGAUGCCGGAGGUGGGGGGCCAUUAGCUACAAAGAGUCGCGGGCUGCUUCACAUCUCCCAGGGAAAGCAGUUCUCGGCGCAGCGUUGUGUAUCUGACCAAAGUGCAGGAGCCCUGAAGACCGGCACCUGCGGAGGAAGGGGCGCUCGUGAGAACAGGGGCUUGUGGGUGGGAUGGCGCUGUCAGCCGGCCCAGAGCAGGGGCCCCCAGGGCCAGGGGACAGUAAGGCAGCACUGGGGACAUGUCCGGGAAGAUAGGAAGGACGUGGGAAAUACAGCUGCAAGGCGCCCAGUCCCAGGAGGGAGGUGCUUGGGCCAGGAGACGUGAGGGGAGCAUGCAGACAAGAUUUGACCCGCAUGACGGCACGGGGUGGCAGCAGGGUCAGUGUGACUCCGAGCAGAGUGUCGGGCCAGGGUCGGCCUCACCGGGGCCGUGAGCAGGUGGAGAGGGGAGGGAACGCGGGGAGGGAGCCCUGGCACAGCCACACGCAGGCAGGUGUCCCAACAGAAGCAUCAGGGGAGCUGCUGGGGGGCAUGUGUUUCCCACCCCACAGUCAGGACGAGGCGGAGGUGUGUCCUGCAGAACACGGGGCUGUUUGUGGGGGCACGGUCAGAAGCAGUCACGUGGCAAUGUCAGGACAAAGCACGUGAGAAGUGGCCGGGUGGGGACAGUACCUGCCAGAGCCGGAGGCUGGACAGCGGAUGCUCAGAUGCCCCCCGACAGCAGGAGGGGGGCACCAUGUGGGCGGCGACGCUCUUGCUCCACCAGGGCCACAGCCACGGCCACGCGGGCUUUGCCGGGGCUUGGCACUUCUGCUGUCCUCCAGGCCUGCGCACGGCGGUGGCACAGGCCCCCCUGGAACCACACAGAAGUGUGUUGGAGGCACUAGGCCACUGCUGAGCUUUUCUGGCCGCAGCCGCACAAAACGAGCCACACCCUCGGUGUGGUCCUAGAAAGUCAGGUGUGCAGAAGUCCCGGAACCUUGUGCAUCGGGCACCUGUGUGUGAGGGGCAGGAGCGAGGCCCCGAUGCGGCGCAGUAGGCCUUGGCUUCUCUCCGCGAGCUGCCCACUGAGUCCCCCGCCCUGCUGCCACUGGCCCCGUGGCACUCCAUUCUGGGGUGAGGACGCGGUCAGGUCCUCAAGCCUGACAAACUUGGUCACAGCUGGCACGUGGUGACGUGAGUGAACACCUGGGGGCCCCCCGCAGACCACCUCCCUGGGAGUCCAUGUGAUGCCUGGCGGGAUCCCAGCCACUCCGCAGUCCUGACGGGGCGUGAGCAGCCCCCUGGAGAGGAGCUCGGGGCUGGCCACAGGAGUGCGGUGGCCCAGGCCUGGGUCCCCUGGACGGAGCUCCCUGUGUGCAGGCCUGCAGCCGAGCCGGUCCUCCCAGGGCGGUUGGGCAGCCCUGAGCUGGGGUGGUCUCUGCCCUGAGAACGCCUCGCUGGGCACCACGUGAUUACAGCUGCUCAGUAGAAAAAGGAAUCGGACAUGAAACCAAUUUAUUAAGAAACGUCAGUAGGUCACACUCAGGCACGUUGAGACUAAGGUAACAGAUGGCCAGUUUGUGUCCAUCACACGCAGCAUCUCAAACUCUGCCCUGCUGGGCGUCGUGAAGUGGGUGCCAGUGGGUGAACGGCCCCCCGGGUGCGGCCAGCUGCCACACCGACACCCUCUCAGAGGCUUCUCCGAUGGACCCACUGCUUUCCAGCUCCGAGGACCGACCUCCAGGAAAUCGUGGAAUUUUUUUUUUUAAGAUUUUAUUCAUUUAUUCAUGAUAGAUAUAUAUAUAGAAAGAGAGAGGCAAAGACACAGGGACACAGGGACACAGGCAGAAGGAGAAGCAGGCUUCAUGCUGGGAGCCUGACGUGGGACUCAAUCCCGGGACUCCAGGACCACGCUGUGGACCUAAGGCAGGCACCAAACCGCUGAGCCACCCAGGGAUCCCCGAAAUUGUGGAUUUUUAUGGCAGCACAGCCAACAGCGGAGCAGCCCAGACACCCCAGCAGUUGGAACUUGGCAUGCGUCUUGGCUUGUCCACGCUGGGACGGAGCAGGCACAGUCACAGUCGUGAUGCGAUUGCGUCCUGCCAUGGCUCAGGGCUCAGGCGUGGGCACACACACCUGCCCGUGCUUGGACACUCUUCCUCCCCGCCUGUCCCCAGGCCAGUGCCUCUGCCCGGUCACCCCAGGAAGAGGCCCGUGCAUGCAUCUGGGUGCCCAGGCCCAAGACUCAGACUCACCCUGCAGCCUCCCCCUCCACAGUCCAUCUGUCCCUGGAUGCGUCUGUCCUCUUUCCAGGGCACAGCUGUGUCCGAGGCUACCCUCCUCUCCGGUCCACGCAGCUCAGCACAGGGUGGCAAGGUCUGCCCUCCCCGCUCCGUCCAAGCCCUCCCUGUGUGCUCCCCGUGCACAGCACUACUACUUGGCUGUCGCACGAGGGUCCUCACCCACCCCACGGGCCAGGCAGGGAGUGGGAGUACAUGCAGCCUUGACGUCCUGGGAGUCCAGGGGGAGGCGUCAGGACGUGGGCAGCUCCCUGCCUGCAGGAGCAGAGAUCCCCAGGACGCUCAGUGCAGGAACAGGAGCAGGGGCCAGCGGCACUUUGCAGUCCCUUGAAGGCCCAGCCAGCCCGCGCCCCCUUGGCCCGUGUGGGGUCCCUGUGGGCACGUGCCCCGGGCCACGUUGGCCAGCCUUGGAAUGGUCUGUAUUUUGGGUUGCCCUCUGUCCGACAAGCUCAGCUGCUGUAGAGAAGCAGAUGAGAGGAGCAGUCAGCAGCCUCCCCAUGGGCCCUGCACCCCACGCAGGACCCCUACUGUGCCUCUCACAUCAGCCCCGAGUCCAGGCUGUCCUGGGCACCACUUCUCGCUGCCUUCCUCAUCCUGGGGUUCAAGGUCACCAUGGCCUGCUGUUGGCGUCCCUCGCCGGCCAGGACACCCAGAGCCAGCACGAGAAGCUCAGUCUGGAGGAGGGCAGCGUGGCGGACGCCGGGCUGCGGUGCCCAGCAGCCAGCGCAUGCCCUUGGGUGGGAGGUGUCCUCGAUAGGAAGGCUGCUCUGCGUCCCCUAGGGAAGGACAACCCCGGCCCUCGGCUGUGAGGCUCCGUGCGCCUGGACCAUCCUGGGUCCCCGGCCCUUGGGCCUGGAGACCGGACACCGUAGGCACCCACCGGCGUCUGGCUGAGGUCCGUGCGCGACUUCUGCGGAUCACGCCCUGGAAGGCACCACUCACGGGGCUGCCCUCCUGGACCUGGGACAAAGCCCCGGGAGCCAGGCAUUCCCCACCCCUGACCACAGCCCGGCUGUGGCGCCCACCUGCAGGCCUCGAGGGUCAGGAGGCACCAGCUGGGGUGCUGUGCACGCGCCUGGCCCUGCGGGGGCGUGGUCUGCAUUGCUGGGGCCUGCGGGGGCGUGGCCUGUGCGAGCCUGGCCCUGCGGGGGGCGUGGUCUGUAUUGCUGGGCCCUACGGGGGCGUGGCCUGUGCGGGCCUGGCCCUGCGGGGGCGUGGUCUGUAUUGCUGGGGCCUGUGGGGCGUGGCCCUGAGGGGGCGUGGUCUGCGUGCGGUUGGCCCGGCGGGGGCGUGGCCCGUGCGGGGCUGGCCCUGCGGGGGACGUGGUCUGUAUUGCUGGGCCCUACGGGGGCGUGGCCUGUGCGAGCCUGGCCCUGCGGGGGGCGUGGUCUGUAUUGCUGGGCCCUACGGGGGCGUGGCCUGUGCGGGCCUGGCCCUGCAGGGGGCGUGGUCUGCAUUGCUGGGGCCUGCGGGGGCGUGGCCUUGUGGGCCUGGCCCUUCGGGGGGCGUGGUCUGCAUUGCUGGGUCCUG